GUUACGUCAAACUCUAGGAAGUGUGGAAUUUACACUCAAACAGACGUGCUGGAUGGCGACUCCUGAAACAGAGUUGGUGUUGAAAUGGGAAAGGGAGCAGGCACAUCUUAGGGAAAGUGUAAAGGAGGAGGACACAGAAGAUUGGCAGAGGAGUCCAGAUUUCAGCGGGCUGGAGAGAGUCGGAGGAGUAGAUCUUUCAUUCAUUAAAGGCGAUGACAUCAAUGCCUGUGCUCAUCUAGUGGUGCUCACAUACCCUCAUAUGAAGGUUCUGUAUGAAGAUUGUAAGAUGGUGACUCUUAAUGCCCCUUAUGUGGCUGGUUUUCUGGGCUUCAGAGAAGCCCCACCUUUGCUACAGGCCCUGGAGAAACUGAAGAACACACAGCCAAAUCUAAUGCCUCAGGUGCUAUUUGUGGAUGGGAAUGGACUAUUCCACUAUCGGGAGUUUGGUUUGGCCUGUCAUCUUGGUGUUCUGUCAGAUAUGCCCUGUGUGGGUGUGGCCAAGAACCUUUUGCAUGUUGAGGGAGUGGUGAGAAGUGAGGAGCACCAGUUGCAGAUCAAUGCUCUGAAGAAGAGUGGGGAAAGUUUUCCAAUGGCUACAGCCUUGGGGAGAGUUUUAGGCAAGGCCCUCCGCAGUUCCCAAAGCAGCAUCAAACCUGUUUAUGUUUCUGUGGGUCAUCGAAUCACUCUGGAUACAGCAGUCAGACUCACACACACUUGUUGUAUCUACAGAGUACCUGAACCAAUACGACAAGCGAUGAAAGGGCCCUCACAUCCAGGCCCACCACCUCCCGUGGCUUCGGGAAGAUAGGGCAGACAUCCGUUCAAGAGAAUACCUGCGUUGCCAUGUCCUUACAUCACCUAGAUGAACAGAUGGGGUGACAGGAGAGAACGCCGUGAUGCUUACAUGUAUUAACACUGGUAAUUUCGCAUUUAAACAGUUAUUCUUGAAUCCAAGAAUUUACCAUUGUAAUGAAUUUGUAGUAUACAAAGGCUUUUCUUUUUUCCUGGAACUAUAGUGUCUGAAAACAGCUUCAUGUUCUACGGUCACCUUUAUCUGAUAUAUAUAAGAAAUAAACUUUUUAAAUAAAUUAUCAUUAAGGAAAUUAAAUUUUUUGGGUCUCUGUUUCUUUAACAGUGCCACUGAGUUCAAACCUCUCAGGUGGCUCAUCAGAAACAGUGUGCUUCAUAUUCUAAGGCCAAGUUUCUGUAUUCGGUGUGGACUGAAAUCACUCUUGGGGAGGUUCGGACUCUUGUAUGAAGCUGUUCAUCUUAGAAACCAUUUCAUUUGAUCACCUUAAUAUAUUGUUAUUAUUAAUGUUGUUUUUAUAAAUAAACUUUUUUCUCCUCCCAUUACUGUACUUUUUUCAUGUUUUAGCUUCAUUUUCAAAAUGAUCUGGAAUGGAAUUUUAUUACAAAACUUAUAUUUCUGCUUGUUAAGCAUUGCACUUUUAACAGCAUUUAAGGGCAUGAUCUACAUCAGUGGUUCUCAAACCUGUCCUAGCGACCCCCAACCA